GGGAGGGCGGCGGCCAUGGGCGGCUGGGCCGCGGCAACAUGGCGGCUCGCUGGCUGCAGCGGGCGCGGCGUCCUGCGCGGCGCAGUGCGGCGGCGGGGCAGCUCGCUCCGCGGAGGUGGGGAACGGGCGGCGAGCCUGAGCGAGCUGCUGCAGAGCUCGGUGGGGGACGAGGAGCCGGGCGAGGCGGCGGCGGGGGCGAGGCGGGAGCGGCGGUCUCCACGGGAGGGCACGGUGCUGCUGUUCCCCGGGCAGGGCAGCCAGUUCGUGGGGAUGGGCCGCGGGCUGCUGCGCUACCCCGGGGUGCGGGACAUGUACCGCCUGGCCGAGAAGGUGCUGGGCUACGACCUGCUUUCGCUGUGCCUGGAGGGGCCGCGGGCCGAGCUGGACCGCACCCGGCACUGCCAGCCCGCCGUGUUCGUCGCCUCCCUGGCCGCCGUGGAGAAGCUCAACCACCUGCAGCCUAAGGUGGUGGAGAGCUGCGUGGCCGCCGCCGGGUACAGCGUGGGCGAGUUCGCGGCGCUGGUGUUUGCCGGAGCCAUGGACUUUGCGGAAGCACUCUACGCUGUGAAGGUGCGAGCUGAGGCCAUGCAGGCAGCAGCGGAGACUGUCCCCAGCGGGAUGCUGUCAGUCAUCGGCGGGCAAGAAACCAACUACAAAUAUGCCUGCCUGGAAGCCCGCAGGCACUGCGAGUCACUGGGCAUAGAAAACCCUGUGUGCGAGGUCUCCAACUACCUGUUCCCAGAUAGCAGAGUCAUCGCAGGGCACCUACAGGCUUUGGAGUUUUUGCAGAAAAAUGCCCCAAAAUUCUACUUCACGCGUACCAAAAUGCUUCCGGUCAGCGGUGCCUUCCACACACGACUUAUGGAACCAGCAGUAGAGCCACUGGCUGAAGUCCUGAAGUCCAUCGAAAUUCAAAAACCACUGAUCUGUGUCUAUUCCAACGUUGACAGCAAAAAGUACAUGCACUCGAAGCACAUCCAGAAGCUGCUGGUGAAGCAGCUCGUCUCACCUGUGCUGUGGGAGCAGACCAUGCAUUCCAUGUACCAGAGGAAGCAAGGAAUGGAGUUUCCAUACACGUAUGAGGUGGGGCCUGGGAAACAACUGGGAGCAGUUCUCCGAAAGUGCAAUCUGAAGGCCUGGAGGCAGUACAGCCAUGUGGACGUCAUAGAGGAGGAGGAAGCGGCAGAGACGUAAACAGCUUUUUGAGAAGAAUCCAUGCAACUUGUGCUUUCCACAGAGUGUAAAAAUAAUGUCAGGCUCCUGAAAGGGGAAGUGUGAAACACUGGUGGCUCUUCGCAGUGAGAAGAGCACCACGCAUCACCACAGGAAAAGUUCUUCUCCACCGUGUGCCUUGGGUGUGGAGUGGGAGCUCAGCUCUCACACCUGCACCAGGACUGCAGAGUUGCCAAUAAACGCACCAAGCAGCUUUCUCCUUGGCCCGCAUCCUGCAAGCAAUUUUUUCCUUCUUUUAUUAAUUUUGGAUUUGGUGUGUGUGCGCGCAUUGAAAUUAUGGUCAGUAGUUGCACUGUCUGUGCAGCGUGUGCUGCCUGGGUUGCACUGCGCUAUCUGAUGCAGGCCCGACGCGGCCCCGCUGAGGCACGCAGGGUUCCUUUAGGUGACUCCAUCCCCAUGCAGCCACCUUGGUGCGGGGGUGUUCCCGUGCCUUGCCUGAGCUGCCUGCUGAGAUGGUCACCUGUCAAAUCCUUUUGUUUCUCUGUUGCCACCUAGUCAAAUAAGGCAAAAGAUGUGGAGGGUUGGUGGUUGUUGUUUUUUUUUUGCAAAAGGGAUAUGAUUUUUCUAAGGUUUAAGCUAUCAAUAAACUAUAGAACUUUUCUUAGUAUUUUGGAUGCUUCAGAGCAUGUGAUUACUGGCAGAUAGUCCCCACGUGGAAGGAGGCAGUUUUCCAUGCAGCUGUUCAGUGUGACACCAGUUCUAGGUUACCCCAGAAGGAGGGAAGUCCCUGGCAGGGCCUGGUGUCAAAGAGUGCUACUGCACUCCAGCUGUGCGCAGUGCUGGCCAACCAUUGGCUCACCAGCAGAGUACAGGCUCCUUAUGCUGUCUUGGGACCUGUGACAGUUACACACAGGACACACAGAAAGUCAGUUGAGCGUUGCUGUUUGCCUGUGAGGGGUGCUUAAAGCUCUAAAGAAAAUCAGAGAGCAGCCGUUUGUGAAGGGAUUGUGUACAAAGGCUGUGUUGUGCAUACACAGCUGAGCAGGAGCUUUGGCUGAGCUUCACCCUUCCCGUCCUUUUAGUUUUGGAAUUUUAAUAGUAUAGCGUUUAGUAGAUACAUAGGAAAAGUAAAUAGGAUAGUGCUGAAAUGACUGUACACAUCUUCAUUAAUUGAUUGGGAGUUGCAGAAUAAAUUCCAGUUACAGUAUGAAUCACUUCAUUAGUUCAUGUUUCUGAAAAACUCCAUUCUUGGCUGCGGUCAAUCAGUGGGGCGGCGCUGAGCAGUUCUGUGAGGAGCUGAGGUGGGCCUGCACAAAUCCCAGUUUGGCACGUCUCAACGUUACCUAUCAGGAGAAUGCAGGAGGAUUGUCAGCUUUGUUACUGGGCUAUUGCAGGCUGCCAAGUGUCAGGGUUACUGGAACAAAAGUGGUUUCAGUGAAGUCUUACAUCAGAGGGAAUGUGUUGCGUAGCCAGUGAAGCAUGGCAAACUCAGCACUAGGUCCUAAACGCCUAACGAUGAGCUGUACUGGAAGUGUCUGACUCCAUCUUGUAAGACCAAAACCAGCUUGUGUAACAGUUGGAACUCAGUAUGGCAUACUGGUGGCACUAAGUUUGGUUUUAGUAUAGCGCAUUAUGGUUUCCGGGCUUUUUUAAAAUAACACGCUGGGGGUAAUUUUCAAGACCUGUACUCUGUUUAUACCGUUCUUACCAUGUAUCUGUAUACAUAUGCGUGUGUAUUUAUAUACAUAUAACCAGCAGUGUUUUUUCACUCACUUCACUUGACCACACACUUUGCAUGGAAUAAAAGUGCUUUGGGAGAAACACGA